AUGGGAGAAUUCAAAUUUCAACUAGUUACUUUAUUAAAAAAAAACUCUUUGCUAAAGGGUAAAUCAAAAAUAAAAUUUAUUGGGGAGAUAUUGGCUCCAAUGAUUGUAAUUGGCAUUUUAUUUGGAUUACUUUAUUUAUCUGCUAUAAUUCAACCAGAUUUUUCACCAAGAUAUGCUAGUGGUUUUACAGAGGUUGUUGGUAGGUUAAAGAAAUUGUUGGUUGCAACUAAUGGUCCUUUGGUUCCAUAUCAACAAACUAUUGUAAAUAAUUUAAGGAAACAAAUUAAGCUGGCUCAUCCCGAUUAUACAAACGAAUAUAUUGACCAAUGCUUUGAAAUAUUUCAAGAUUUUGAAUCAAUGCAAGGUUAUUUUCUUGAUCCAGAAAAUUAUAGAGGAGUAAUGGGAGGAUUAUGGUUUGAUGAAAAUGAUUAUCGUUAUAAUGCACCAAAAGUUUUAAAGUAUAGUAUUAGUGUUGAUGCAGAUUAUACAAAUGAUAAUAAUAUACAAAUUUCUCCAAGAUCAGAUUCACAAAUUUAUCUUAGACAUUAUUUUACACAAAUUCAAACAGCAGUUGAUCAAGCAAUUUUUAUGGCACAAAAUGUUGAAAUACCAAUGGUUGUAACUGGACAAAGAUUUCCAAACCCUUAUAUACAUUUAUGGCAAACUUGGACCGAUGGUAGAAAUAUGAUUUUAAAAGAAACUGGUGGUAUUUUUAUAACUGCAGCUAUAUUCGUUGGUUUAUUUACAACAAUUACAAAUAUGGUAAUGGAAAAAGAGUCAAAGAUUCUCGAAGCAAUGAAAAUCAUGGGAUUACAUUCACUUCCAUAUUAUGUUUCAAUUGCAAUUUCAUCAUGUUAUACAAUUAUUCCAUCAACGAUAAUUGUAAUUGUAGUAUUAAAAGGUUCACAAUUAAUUUGGACAACACAAUGGUAUAUUUUAACGAUAAUUUUAAUACUAUUUUCAAUUUCAUUGAUUUUAUUGGCAUUUAUUUUAUCAAAAUUUUUCAAUCGUUCAAAAUUUGCAGGUCUUGUUUGUUUUUUAAUUGUUUUAAUUAUGGCAGGAAUUGGUAUUGCUGUAAAUCAUAUCAAUGUUUCAACUACCGUUAAAUUAAUUUUUUGUUUACUUUCACCGGUUGCAAUCUCUUUAGCAAAUUAUUCAAUGUCAAUGAAAGAUUUAGAAUUAGUAAAAAUUGUUAAUCCAGAUUGGUCAAUUAUCGUCUCAGAAAAUCAAGUAAUUGGUAUGUUAAUUUUAGAUGUAGUUUUAUAUGCUGCAUUAGUUUGGUAUAUUGAUAAUAUUAUCUCUGGUGAAUUUGGUCAAUCAAAACCAUUUUAUUUCUUUUUAACUAAAAGUUAUUGGUGUAAGAAAAAUGCCAAUGAAAAUGAUUUGGUCGAUUUAUCAAAAGCAAUUGAAUCACCUUUAUAUUUAAGAAAAAAGGAUUUAGAUUAUAAUAAUAGUCAAGAUUUUGAAUUAAAUGAAAUUCAUUCAAGUAAAGCAACAAUCCAAAUUAGAAAAUUAAGAAAAGAAUUUAAAACUGGUGAUGGUAAAAGAGUUGCUGUUGAUGAUCUUUCAAUUGAUAUGUAUCAAGAUAGAAUUCAUUGUUUUUUAGGCCCAAAUGGUUCUGGUAAAUCAACUACAAUUGGAAUGUUAACUGGAUUAAUAACAUGUACUAGAGGUAGUGCAUUAAUUAAUGGAUUGGAUAUUAAUCAAAACAUUGAUUUAAUUAGAAAGAAUAUUGGUGUUGUUUUACAACAAGAUAUUAUUUGGGAUAAUUUAACAGUAUUAGAACAUUUAAUAUUUUAUGCACAAUUAAAAGGUUAUUCAAAUUUAAAAGAAGCGAAAACCGAAGCAAAGAAAAUGGGUAUUGAAGUUGGUUUAGAAUUAAAAUUACAUAAUAAAGCUGGAACUUUAUCAGGUGGUCAAAAAAGAAAAUUAUGUCUUGGUAUUGCAUUUAUUGGUCCAAAUUCAAAUAUUCUUUUCCUUGAUGAAGUUUCAAGUGGUUUAGAUCCAUUAUCAAGAUCAGAGGUUCAAGAUUUUAUAAUUAGUAAAAAAAAAGGUAAAACAAUUAUACUUUCAACUCAUUAUAUGGAUGAAGCAGAUUUACUUGGUGAUACAAUAUCAAUUAUUGCACAUGGUAAAUUAAAAUGUAAUGGUUCACCAUUAUUUUUAAAGAAUAGAUUUGGUGUUGGUUAUUUAUUAACAAUAACAAAGAAAUCCACUGAAUUUAAUAAGGAUUCUGUUAUGGAAAUUACAAAUAAAUAUAUAAAACAAGCACAUAUUUUAUCAGAUGCAGGUACAGAGCUUAGUAUUAGAUUACCAAUGGAAUCAUUACCAAUGUUUUCACAAUAUUUUAAACAUUUAGAAGAUUGUAAAAAUCAACUUUUAAUUGAUAGUUAUGGUAUUUCAAUUUCGACAUUGGAAGAGGUAUUCUUAAAGAUUGGUCAAGAAACAUUAAAAUCAACACCAAAUUUCAAUGAUCCAGCAGUAAAAGAAGCAUUAUCAACCAAAAGUAGUGGAGUUAAAGUUGGUCAACAAUUAAAAGGUUUAUUAAUAAAACGUAUUUGUACAACUAAAAAAGAUUUUAAAUCAUUUAUGUUUUCAAUAGUUGUACCAUUGAUCAUAUUGGCUUUGGGAUUGGUUAUGUAUAAAAAUAUGAGAACUAUUGAAACAUUUAAUGAUGUUACAACACCAUUAACAUUUUCAAUUGAUGAUUAUGGUGAUAAUAUUUAUGUUCCAUGGUCAAUUUCUGGUCAAAAUCAAGCUAUUGAUUUAAGAAUUAAAAAUUCAAUUGGUAAAUCAAAUCAUUCAAAAUUAUUACCAGCUGAUGAGCUAGAAGAUUAUUUAACAUUAAAUUAUGAAGGUAAUCCAGGUGCAUUUGCAUUUGGUAAAACCAUUAUAGAAGAUAUUGAAAUGUUAAGUUUUAAAGUUUAUUAUAAUAGAGAUUAUUUACAUGCACUUCCAAUUUAUAUAAAUUUCGUUGAUAAUUUAAUGCUUAGUAAUUUAGGUGGAGUUGGUAUUCAAACUACAUCAAGACCAUUUCAACAUAUUAAAAGUAAAUUUGAAUUAGCAACUGAAAAAAUUAAUUUUAGUGCAAUUAUUUUCUUUAUAAUUUUAACAUUGGCCGCUUUUGCUUUGGUUGUUGCAUCACAUGCUGGUAAUAUCGCUCAAGAAAGAGCUGCACGUAUUAAACGUUUACUUUAUAUAUCAGGUUUAAAAAAAUAUGUUUAUUGGUUAUCAAAUUUAAUUUGGGAUUAUGUUUUAACCUUUAUAAUGGUGAUUUUCCUUGCAGUUGUAGUUGUAAUUAUUGAUUCAAAAUUUAGAAACCAAUUCCCAUUAUUCAUUUGUGCUUUGGUUUUAUUCGUUACUGCAAUUAUACCUCUAAGUUAUUUAUUUUCUUAUUGUUGGAGUUCACAUGGUAAAGCAACUGGUUUUAUAUUUGGUAUUCAUUUUGGUAUUGGUUUAUUAAUGACAGUUACAUGUUUUAUUCUUAGAAUUUGGGUAAUUAAAGAUGAUAAUGAUAUUUUACAAACAAUAACAGAUAUUAUCGAUUUAGUAUUCUUUUUCUUUUCACCAUUUUAUUGUUUCUCAAAAGUGAUGGUAAUUAUUUCAAAUUUCCCAGGUACAACUAGAUUGGGUGAAUCUUAUAUUGCAAAUUAUUGGGGUAUUAAAUUUGGUUUACCACCAGUUUGCUUCCUCGCACUUCAUACAUUGGUUUGGACAAUUUGGAUUAUGGUAUUAGAUUAUUAUCCAGAAUUACGUGGUAAAUAUAGAAAAGGUAGAAAUGAAAAAUCAUCACCACCACCUCCAUCAGAUGAAGAUUCAGAUGUGUCUCAUGAAAGAUCAAAAGUUUUAUCAUUUGAAACUUCAAAUGAUCCAAUUAUAAUGCGUGAUUUCUUUAAACUUUAUAAAGGAAAAGGUAAAGCAAAAGAUAAUCUUGCAGUUUAUAAUACAUCAUUAUCAAUUCCAAAAGGUCAAACAUUUGGCCUUUUAGGUUUAAAUGGUGCUGGUAAAUCAACCACACUUGGUUGUCUUAGUGGUGAAGUUAUACCUUCUGGUGGUGAAAUUUUUGUAAAUGGUUUCAAUAUUCAAACUCAAAGAUUAGAUGCUCUUCGUAGUGUUGGUUUUUGUCAUCAAUAUAAUAGUUUAAUUGGUUUAUUAAGUGCUCGUGAACAAAUUAGACUUUAUUGUAGAAUUAAAGGUAUUGAAGAGAGUAAAAUCCAAGAAACAGUGGAAGCUUUUAUAAAAAUGAUGGAUCUAGGAUCAAUUGGUAAUUCAAAUGUCGCUGGUUAUUCAGGUGGUAAUAAAAGAAAAGUUGCUCUAAGUGUUGCAAUCGUUGGUAAUCCAUCAGUUUGCUUUUUGGAUGAAGUUAGUGCUGGUGUUGAUCCAGUUGUUGCAAGAUUCAUGUGGAAUGUUAUCACUGAGUUGAAAAAAGAUAAAGUUAUCAUUUUAACUACACACUCAAUGUUGGAAUGUUCAGCAGUAUGUGAUAGAUUAACUAUAAUGAAAUCAGGUAAAAUGAUGUGUCUUGGUUCAAUUCAACAUAUUAAAGAUAAAUUUGGUUCAGGUUAUUCAAUCGAUGUUAAAUUUAAAAAAGAAUAUCUUUUAUCUGGUAUAAAUUUAUUCCAAAAAGAAUUACCAAAUGCAAAAUUAGUUGAUCAUCAUGAUUUAUCCGCAAGUUUUGAAUUACCAAAUUCUUUAGAUUCACCAAUUCAAUUAUCAAAAAUAUUUUCAAUUAUUGAAAGAAAUUUAAAACCAAUUUUAAAUGAUUAUUCUGUUGGUCAAACUUCAAUUGAUCAUAUAUUUUUAAAAUUAACAAAUUUAAAUCAACAAAAAAUUAAAAAUCAACAAAAAGAAUCAAUUGAAAAUCAUAUAAUUGAUAUUAAUAAUAAUAAUAAUAAUAAUAAUAAUAAUAGUUAUUUAAAGAAUCAUAAAAAAACUACAAGUAACAAUAGUAUAUUAACCAAUAAUAGUACAACUAAAAAUUUUGGUUCUUCAAACUUUUUAGAUCUUGAAUCAGAUAAUACAUAUUUAAAUAAUUUAAAAUAUUUAGAAGAUGAUGAUUUUAACAUUGAAAUGCCACCAUACCAAAAUUCACUUAAAAAAUCAUUUUAA